UCAAUUAUUUAUCUUUUCAAAAAUACUCAAAAAGAUUAAAAAUGGUUAUAGAUGCGGGAUUAUGAAAAAAAGGAGAAGGAAACAUUCCGUGGGAUUUACUCAAAUUUGGUGUUAACAUGAAUUGUGAAGUUUUGUUUGGAAAAAUCGAUCAAAAUUAUGUUGCUGAAUUUAAAUAUUAUUAUUAUUAAUAUUAUAAUGAUAAAAAAAAAACAAGUACUAUAUGAAUUAUCAACCUGAAUCAUGCGAAUUAUUGAUCCAUUCGUCUAAAUUAACAAAUGAUCUAAUUUUGUUUAAUUAUUAGAUGAUGAUGAUGAUGAUGAGGAGGAGGAGGAGGAGGAGGAGGAGGAGGAGGAGGACGAUGUUAUUGGAAUGUGAAAAGGAUGAUAUUAAUAGUAAGGGGUAAAUGAUGAAAAAGGAGUUGUUAAUAGGGGCUUACGCUUAAACCGCAAUCGUCAUUUGUGAUUUAUUCUAAAUUCCUCCAAAUUUCCUUCCAUUCAUUUUGCCACAUUUCCCCCCUUUUCUUUCUCCACAUUUUCUCUCUCGUUUUAACUUUGCAUUUUUCUCUCCAAUCUUUCUGCUCCUUAGGGUUUGCCUCGUGGAGACAAUGAUGAGGCCUAUGGAUCCUCAUUCUUUGCUUAACUACAACAACAACACCGUCAACCAUAUCUGAGAAUAUCAUUUUAUUGGAGGAAAACUAUAUAUAUAUAUCCGAGAGACGGGUAAAGCAGGCUUUAGGCGGUUUUCCGUACGGCGGCGAAGGGAAAUGAGCGCCUCCAGAUUCAUAAAAUGUGUAACCGUCGGCGAUGGCGCCGUCGGCAAGACUUGCUUGCUGAUUUCCUACACGAGUAAUACUUUUCCUACGGACUAUGUGCCGACUGUUUUCGACAAUUUCAGUGCAAAUGUUGUUGUGGAUGGUAGCACUGUCAACUUAGGUUUAUGGGAUACUGCCGGUCAGGAGGAUUACAAUAGAUUAAGACCACUGAGCUAUCGUGGGGCUGAUGUAUUUAUUCUUGCAUUUUCUCUCAUCAGCAAGGCCAGUUAUGAAAACGUUGCUAAGAAGUGGAUUCCUGAAUUAAAGCAUUACGCACCUGGUGUUCCAAUAGUACUUGUUGGAACUAAGCUUGAUCUUCGGGAUGAUGAGCAAUUCUUUAUAGACCAUCCAGGUUCAACGCCUAUAUCCGCAGCUCAGGGAGAGGAAUUAAGGAAACAGAUAGAAUCCCCUUCCUACGUCGAAUGUAGUUCAAAAACACAGCAGAAUGUGAAGGCAGUCUUUGAUUCAGCGAUUAAGGUAGUGCUCCAGCCUCCGAAAAAAAUUAAGAAGAAAAAGUCAUAUGUUGGUUGCUCGAUAUUAUGAUCAAUGGAACAUUCAAGUCUGACGAAGAUGGAGGACCUGUCGGCUUCUCGCGACUCGUAUCUCUUCUCACUGUCAAUUUUUUGGGUUCUUUUUAUUCAAGGAAAGCAGUAAGCCCAUCAUGUAUAGUCUCAAUUCUUAAACUGAAAUUUUAGGGAUUUCUGUGAAAGCAUCAGCAGGUGGUAUGUUUUGUGUUUUACUUUUUUUUUUUUUAUAAUUUAUUUUAUAUAUACAUACAUCUCUUGUUAAAUGAAAUUUUUUUAUGUUUUGAUGACAA